UCUCGCGGGAGGGAUCGACUCUCGUCUGUUCCGCUUCAUUCCUCCCGCUGCACUGAGUGUCACGGAUCUCUAACUAGUUGUGUGUUUGUGUGACCAGCGGAAUGAAGCGCAGCUCAUGAGGAAUCCGCUCGCUUCACAAGUUCUUCUGGAGUUCUCCAUCCGGUCCGACAGUGAAGAUGAGCGGAGAAGAUUCAGACGUUCCUCAGGAUCUGCUGGAGAGCGUUCAGGAUGCUGUCGGGCAGCAGGUGAAGCUGUGUUUCCUUAAGAAGGUGAACCUGGAGGUCAAAGGUGACAAAGUGGAGAGCAGAAUCCUGGCUCUGGCUCCUCAUCGAGUUUUUCUUCUGAGUACACGAGUCCCUGCUAAAGUGGAUCAGUCCUUCAGCAUCUUUGACAUUCAGAGCAUCAGCAGCGUCAGACAGAAACAGUUGCUGUUGGAAUAUGAUAGAGGGCAGCUGUCUUUGAGACUCUCCUCUGAUCAGGAAGCUGAUGAUUUUAUUGCACAAAUAGGAACAAACAUUCAAGAGAUUUGUCCAGGACUCGACCCGCUGAGGGUGAUAAAGAAGCUUGUAUUAAAGCCAGUGGAGAGAGUCAUAAGUUUACAGACACUCUGGGAAAAUCACACUCCGGCAGAAGCAGGACCAUGUGGUGGUUUCUCGCGUCUCUACUGGUGUGUGUGCGAUCAGAUGAACGUCCCGUACAGAGACGAGGUGCAGUGGGACGUGGACACCAUAUAUCUGUCCCAGGACACGCGGGAGCUUUGCCUGCAGGAUUUCAUACACCUGGACAACAGGGAUCUGCUGGCCAUCACUGCUGCUCUGGAGCUCAACCAGUGGUUCAUCAAACUCUCCAUCAAGGACUUUAAACUGACUGCAGAUCUGUGCGAUCAGAUACUGAGAGUUGUGUCUCGAUCCACCAAACUAGAGGAACUGGCGCUGGACAACACUGGACUCAAGAGUGAUUUUGCUCAGAAGUUUGCUGCUGCGUUGAGUCAGAAUCAAAACUCAGCGUUACACACUAUCAGUCUGACUAACAACUGCCUCGAAGAUAAAGGUGCUGUGGUUCUGAGCUCUGCGCUGUCUAAACUCACACCUGGACUGAAACAGCUGGAUCUGUCCAAAAACUCACUGUCAGCUAAAGGUGUGAAUGUUCUGGCUCAGUGUUUCUGUUCCACAUCACUCACACACCUGAACCUGUCUGGAAACACACUCAAAGGAGACGACAUGCCUCACCUGUGGAAUUUCCUGUCUCAGUCCAACCGACUGCACACACUUGACCUGUCCAACAGCGAAUGUUCCCUCGACCUGGUGUGUUCAUCACUGCUGCGCGGUUCCCUCAAACACCUGACCGUUCUCAACCUGUCCAGAAGUGUCUUCAAUUACAAGAAAGGGAAAGAGUUUCCAUCCUCCUUCAAGCAGUUCUUCAGCAGCGCUUUGUCUCUCCAAAACAUCUGUCUGUCUGGAACCAAACUACCUGCUGAAGCACUCAAAGCUCUGCUUCUGGGUCUGGCCUGUAACACUAACCUGCGAGAUGUUUCUCUGGACAUCAGCAGCUGUGAGUUGCGCUCAGCAGGCUCUCAGAUUCUGGAAGGCUGUAUUGCAGAGAUCCCGAACAUCACCAGCCUGGACAUAUCAGACAAUGGCCUGGACUCGGAUCUGUCCACGCUGCUUGUGUGGCUCAGGAAGAACCGCUCCAUCAAACACUUGUCCAUUGGCAGGAACUUCAGCAACAUCAAAACCAAGAAUCUUGGGCAGGUUCUGGUUUCUCUGGUCCACAUGAUUCAGGAAGAGGAUUCUCCACUGGCGUCUCUGUCUCUGGCGGACUCACGUAUCAAGGCGGAUCUAUCAUUGGUGCUGAAUGCACUUGGAGGGAACAGCAGUCUGACCCAUCUGGACAUCAGCGGGAACAGCAUGGGUGACUUUGGGGCGAAGAUGCUGGCCAAAGCUCUGCAGAUCAACACCAAACUCAGGACAUUGAUCUGGGACCGUAACAGUGUCAGUGCUCAGGGCCUGCAGGACGUGGCUGCUGCUCUAGAGAAGAAUUACACCAUCAGAUUCAUGCCGGUUCCCAUCAUAGAUGCAGCGCAGGCUCUGAAGAACAAUCCGGAGAAAACUGAAGAUGCCCUGAUGAAGAUGGAGCAAUAUCUGCUGCGUAACCAUGAGAGCAGGCGAUACCUGCAGGAGCAGGCGUUCAGACUGCAGCAGGGCCUCGUCACCAGCACAACACAACAGAUGAUGGGGCAGGUGUGUGUGCAGGUCCAGGAUCAGCUGAACUCUCUGUGCUUCAGUACGAGUGGCAGAGUUCAGAAGGACAUAAAAACAGCCGAGAGCCUGAUGAGAGACGCCAAGAACUCAACAACACUGCUGCGCAGUCUGUAUCACCUGCGCUCAAGUGGGCGAGGGACAGGUGGCAGUGAUGGAUCUGCAGGUGUGUGUGUGCAGCAGGUGCAGGAGAAACUGUGUUCAGUGGCAGGCGAGAUCAGUGAGCUCAUAGACCAACAGCUGCAGGGUUUGCUGGUGUCCAUGUUGGAUACGGCUCAGAGCGUGUGUCCUCAUAUCAUGCAGCAGGCGCGUCUGCGUGAAGAUCUUCUGCGGACCAGCGAGGGGAGGACGAGUGUGUCGAAGGCCUUCAUCACCGCCACGCUGCUGGAGCAGUCGGCCAUCGACAUCAUCAAUAAAAUCAGUGAGGUGAAGCUUAGUAUGGCGUCAUGUCUCUCUGAUUACAUCACUGAUGAGAUCCUACAGUCUCUCUCUCGCUCUCAACAAACACUGGCGGGUCACCUGAGCAGAAAAGGACAGCAGCCACUGCUUCAUCAAGACUCACAGGAGACAGAAGUUAUAGAUGAGAGAGAAAUACAGACAGAUAACAUGAUACAACCAGAACAGCAACCACAGCGGACGCAGAAAACCAAGAGGAAGAGCAUUCACAGCCGGAUGUUCAGACCCAUGUCCGCUGCAUUCGAGCUGGGCUUUGAUCUGUGUAAGGCCUUAGAGGACGUGUCCAUCUGUGUGGACGAUCUGCCACUGCCGCCACCCCUCUCGCCAACCCCGCCCUCUCCACCACCAGAGACCCCGCCCCCAUCGGAGGCAGAGCAACAGCAGCCUCGGCCAAUGAGCUUCAGCGACCUUCCCAUGGGAGACACACCCACUCUACAGCACGUCACUAAAUACAGGCCGCGGCGGACCAAGAAAGCCAAACCCAGCAGAGCCGCACCAAUCAGCAAAGCCCCUGCGCAGGAAGUGGAUGCGAGCAGCUCUGUAGAUCAGCUGGACGAGGGCGUGCCGGAGUUCUUCUCCAAGAAGGUCACGAACAUCAGCGUGAGGCUGAAAGAGUCUCGUCUGAGCGGCUUCUUCAGCAGCAUCAAACAACGCGCUUCUGGUAAAGCCACGCCCACUAGCCCCACCCCCAGCACUACAGUCACCGUGACAACAGCCAAAUCAGACGCCCCUCCCCCCGAGCAGGCCGUGACCUCGAGUGACCCCACACCGGCCUUGACCCCAGAGCCCGUAGCAGCACCUGUAGCUACAGAGGUCAAAGGUCACGCGCAGGAGGGCGCCAAACGCGGCGGUCCGCUGACGGGGCAUCACAUGGGCGUGAAGAUGCUGGGCAACGACAUGCUGGCCGAGAUACGAGCCAAACAAGAGAAGCGCAAGAAGACAGGUGUUUCUCCAGCUGCAGCAGCUAAAACUGAAGCUCCUGAUGAAGGACGAGAUCAUGGACACACAACGCCAGCGGUGAAGAAAGACGCUCGGGACGAACCUGCAGCCAACAAACUCAGACACACACCUGAACACAAGCUCACACCUGCAGCAACGCACACACCUCAACACACACCUCAACACACACCUCAACACACACCCACAUCAGACUCCAGCCGUCCGUUCGUCUCGCUCAGCUCCUCUGACUCCAUCACUCCUCCUCCUCCUCCUCUGGCUCACGUCCCAGAAUCCCCUGCUCUUCCGGCCCCGCCCCUGAGCCCGUGGGUGAUGCUGUCAGUCACUGAGGGGGCGGAGCCGGGUCCUUUCACUCACAGCACAGAGGGAGGAGACUCACCUCCCCCUCUGGAGUCUCCUGCAGACGUAAGUGUGUUCGACACACACACAUCACACACGCUGACGGUCAAUCGCUCCAUUUCCUGCGUCCACCCCAGGACUGACCCGGAGGACGCCGACGCCGACCGCCAGCGCUCACGGUCCGUCCCCUCAGCCGCUCCGGCCAAUCACGUCUCCUGAUCACUCUGAUUGACAGAUGUCUCUCGUACUACAGCUUGUGAGCUAGAUCAGUGCUCUCAGCCAGGGGGCCUCAAAAACUUAAAAUUGUUUUUAAAGUUAUGUUAGAAAAAUUACAUGCUUAAAGCACACUAAAAAUAUAAUAUGUAAACUGAAAUCAAAUUGUUUAUUUUACCCUUAAUCAGCUUGUAGUAUCAUUUUUGACCAUUUGAAUUUAUUUUUGUAUUUUGCUUUUUUAAAUUAGUUUUUAUCUUUUAUUAUUUUUAGUUCAGUUUUAGACUUCAAGUUACACUGUUGCCUUGGCAGAAAUAAAAUAAGUUUAAGAUUUUUUAAAAAUAUGUAUUUUUAGCUCAUUUGAUGUUUAUUUCAUUUCAAGUAACUUUUUUUAAAUUAUGACUCAGUAUUAGUAAUACCAAACUGAAUCAGUAUCUUCUGAAAUGACUAAGUGAACUGUACCUACUUACCUAUAAUUAGUUUCUGUUAAUAAAAAAAGUUUGAAACCAGUCAGCAUUGUCAAAGUUAAAGCAGAAAGGCUGGAGAGAAAUAAACAGUAAAACAGC